CAUGACAUGGAAGCACCAUGGCAACGGUAGCCAAGGCAACACAUUGAAAAAAAUAGUUAGCUAACAUGAUCAGAAUUACACAGUUGAUAUCAAAGGGCUACAUGUAGGCCUAGCCUAGCGCACAUAUUUGCCAAAACAAACAGUGAAACCAUAACUAAAGCCUUAAACUGCAUUUAAAGCAUUUUGUUUUGUAAAGUAUAGAGAGGAAGUGCUCUUAUUUUGUACGCUGGCGGACUUGACGGUGGUGAAGCGAGGCGAAGGCAGGCAGGACUUUCUGUGAUGGGAACAGACGAGUGUGUCCCAGUGUUCCCACCUCCUGACAGUUUAUUGUGGCGGGGCAGACACGCAGAGGGAUCAGCGGGGCUCAUGUGGACCAGCAGACAGACGAACCAGAGGGACACAGGAGCGCUGCGGGGGUCCGGAAAAUGGGAGCGGCGAAGUGAAAAGCGGCCGAAAAGCGGACUGUCUGGAUGGAAGGCACCAAAAGCAUAAUGGCACUCCUCCUGUGGCUUGGCCUGUCGCUGCUGGUCUCUGUCCAGUCCAGCGCCGUCAACAACUGCCACCCUGGUUGCCGCUGUGAGGUGGAAAGCUUUGGCCUGUUCGACAGCUUCAGCCUGACCAGGGUGGACUGCCGAGGGUUGGGACCCAGCACAACCGUGCCCAUCCCCAUCCCACUGGACACUGCCCACCUGGACCUAUCCUCCAACGCCAUGGGCCCGCUCAGUGACACCAUGUUAGCUGGUCCAGGCUACACCACCCUUGUUAGCUUGGACCUAAGCAGCAACCAUAUAACAGAGGUAAGCCCCAAUGCCUUGUCCAAGCUGCGUUACCUGGAGACUCUGGAUCUGAGCCACAACAACCUGGAGAGCCUCUCCCCGAGCUGUUUCUCUGGCCUCCCUCUGGCUGAAGUUGACCUCAGCCACAACAGCUUCCAAGAGUUCGACAUGGAUGUGUUCAUUACUAAAGUUAAUGGUGAACCUGUUAGCGUAGAUCUGUCCCAUAACCAGCUUGUGUCAGUCUCCACGACUUUGCAUGGACGAGUAUUACACAUUCAAAGCUUAAAUCUGUCAGCAAACCGACUGUUGAGCAUACCGAGGCUGGCAGGACUUCCGCUGAGGUACCUCAAUCUGGAUGGUAACCCCAUCACCUGCAUCAAGGAGGGGGCUUUUGCUCAGCUGAAAGAUCUUGUUUAUUUAUCAAUCAGUGGCCUCCCUGAGCUUCAGGAAAUUGAGCCGGACAGCUUCAACGGCCUCCAGAGCCUGCAAGUUCUGGAUCUCUCAAACAACCCCCAGCUCAAGACUCUGAGCCCUGCAGUUUUUAGUGGACUCGACUCCCUGCAAGAGCUGAAUUUGUCUGGCUCUGGUGUGGCGUCCUUGCCAAAUAACAUGCUGACCCAUCUGCCCAGUAUUAAGAGUAUUACACUGGGACAAAGCAUCCACUGCUGGAGGACCCAGAAACAGGGACAGUUUCACCGGCAGCUGGGUCAGUUCCAACACAACGAGGUGCUGAACUGUAAUGUGGGGGGCAUUGUGUUGUGAGACUGUGCCUGUGGAAAUGGACCUCUCCUUAAGGGGCCAGUUCACUCCAUCAAUGCUUGUCAGAUGGUCAAAUAGCUUCUGUUUCUGACCAUUUCUGUAAUGAUCUGACAUUCACACCCACUUUACUCCGUUUUUUCAUUCCUGACACAACUAUAUCUGUAACUUUUCACGUGAACAAUCGAGUGUAACACCAAAACGAUAUUGCAUCUUCUCCCUUCUGUGACGGCCGGCUUUUCGCUCUGCCUUCGAGUGUAGCCGUUUGGAACAACUAUAAACACAUUUGAUUUCUGAUGUGGUCGGACAACAUGUUAUACCUUGUUUUGAUAUAACUAGAGUAUACCCCGGCCCUUACAAUCCUGAUGACAGAGUUGUGCCUUAUCUGCUUUGAUAUGCAAAACACUUUUUGUCUCAGUUACCUCUGUUCCAAGGUGAAACUUUAGAAUACGUUUUAAUGGUUUAAUGUAGCCUUCAUGAACUCUUGACACAAAUAUCAUUAAUGCUGUACCUUUUUGAAACACAAUGGCAAAAUGUACAGCCUUUUAUAUAGCACAGAACAAUUUCUUUUUCAUCUUAACAUGUAGUCUAAACUGGUAGAGAACCUUUCAUCAAUCCAAAACUUUAAGUAAUGUUCUUAUGUUAUGUAUUUCAUUUAAAGUGAAGAGUUAUUUGCACAGUCGCUGUAUUUUUUAAUGAUGCACAUGGCCAAAAUGUCAUCCAGUGUAAUACAAAACCUUCUAUGCAUUGCUCAUAAUAUCCACACUGAAGAAUAUUUUAAGACUGUUGACCACUUUUUAUUUGACUUUGAAUGUGAUCCUUUAUUGAAAUGAUUAAAGGGAUAGUUCGACAUUUUGGGAAAUGCACUUAUUAGCUUUCUAGCCGAGAGUUAGAUAAGAAGAUUGAUACCACUCUCAUAUCUGUUCAUUCUAUAUGAAGCUACAGCCAGCAGGCGGUUAGCUUAGCUUAGCACAAAGACUGGAAACAGCUAGCCUGGGUCUAAUUAACACUUAUCUGGUUUGUUUAAUCCGUACAAAAACCAAAAUGUAAAACAAUGGUUGUGGUUGUAUGGGGUACUAUUUCUUGGCCGUGCAGUGACUCCCACGAGUCUUGUCGUUGUCCCAAUACAACCACAACCUGUUGUUUUUACACUUUGGUUUUUGUACACAUAAAAGAAAUGAGAUAUAACCUGUUAAUUUGGUGGAUUUUGUUACCUUUAGACAGAACCAGCCUAUCUGUUUCCCCCUGUUUCCAGACUUAAUGCUAAACUAGACUAACCGCCUGCUGGCUGUAGCUUAUUAUUUACCAUACAGACAUUAGAGUGGUAUCAACCUUAGCAAGAAAGCUAAUGUGGGUAUUUCCCAAAAAUGUCGAACUGUACAAUCCAAGAACCAGAACUUUUAUUUAGCACGGUCUGGUUGGGAAGCUUAAAGUGAAGUCGUGUUACACACACUGUAACUAAACCUAGUUGAGUGUAAAGAUAUUUUCUUGUUACACCCACAAAAUGACCAUUUCAUUACUUGAAUUUGCUUCUAUGAAUAGUAGCCCAAAUCUGACAACUUGUCCAUUUGUAUUUGGACAAUAUUCCUUCAUAAUGACACUAAGUUUGGUGUACAGCCAUUGCAAAUUAGGUGCAUGCAGCCUUUGACAUGGUGCUCACCGAUGUGUGUUUUGUUUGUUUUGAUGACACCGGAGUAAACAAGCCUUGACCAUGUUCUCCGGGAGUUUAUUUUGACCUGCUGUCAAAUCAGUCUCCAGGUGAGCAAGGCAGUUGUUUCAAAACAAAUUUGACCAAUGAAGUAUGACAACUCUCACAUGUUUGGUAAUGAAGCGAUGCCAGUUUCUGUCGAUGUUUAAACGCUAAGCCGCACUGUGCUGUCAUGUGUAACCUUACUUUUGCAUUCCUGUGGUAUUUCUGUGGGCCUAAGAAGACGAUCAGCCUCAAGACUGCAUAUUAGGGUUUUUGAAUGUCAUCAAUCUGUAAAGGCUUGGGGCCUUAAGUGUUUUGGUUUUAAAGGAAAUCCACCUUUUCAGUUGGUUAAUUGAAAGUCAGAUGAGCCCAGUCUUGGUGUAGAAGUUUAUAUUUGUAUGUAUGUAACUAUAUUGUAUAUAACUUUAUAUAUAUGAAUCCUAUGUGUAAUAAAUUGACUAUUCUCACA